CCUCACAGCACUACUCCCCCUUAAGCGGAAGAGGAACUUAUUCCCGCCCUUCUCUAGCAGCACGUCACCAUGGGGGUGACGUCACUGGCUACGCUGACGUCAGGCAGAGGCCUACCGGACGUCGCGGUGGGUGUCCCCUCUACGCUGAUGAGGGCUCCUUGUUUUGCCUGGAGUCGGCCUUGCUGGCUGUGGCAAGCUGCUCGGUUGUGUGUGAGCGUUUUCCUGUGACGGGAUCCGGGCAGGAGGCGGCUCCCCGGGGGACCCGAGACGUACACCCCGGUGAUUGGCUGGUGCGGCUCCCUGAGCUGUGAGUUCACAGGACGCAGUUUAUUAUGGAAGAGGUCUCUAGGAAAAGCAACAGUAGUACAGAGACUGUCCACACCAUUUCCUUCCCAGCUACCUUUCAAGCUGCCCAACUUGCUCAACAGAUGUCUCUAAGAGGCACAGCUCCCAUGACUCUUGUUCUACCUGGGGAUCAACAAGUCCAAGUUCAGGGUGUAAUUCAGUCAGCACAGUCCUCGGUCAUUCAUUCUCCUCAGGUUGCUCCAUCAACGGCUUCUUCAAUAUCAGAAAGUGAGGACUCGCAGGACUCAUCUGACAGUAUUGAUGCCCCCAGGAAGGCCCGCAUUUUAUCUCGUCGGAUUUCAUAUGGGCAAAUAUUAAAAGAUCUCUCAUCUGAAGACACUGGAGAUAGAGAACGUGAAGACGGAGCAGGAGCAUCUAUUGAGCCAAUGUCUGCUGCUACUACUAUAUAUCAGACCAGCACUGGACAGUAUGUUACCAUUGCUCCCAAUGGAACACUCCAGCUUGCUACCGCUACGGCAGAUGGUGUACAAGGGUUGCAGGCAUUGGCGAUGUCCAACGCUGCCAGUAACCAGUCUGGAACAACUAUACUACAAUAUGCCCAGACAUCAGACGGUCAGCAAAUUCUGGUUCCCAGCAACCAAGUGGUUGUGCAGACUGCUUCAGGAGACAUGCAGACUUACCAGAUCCGGACUACAUCAACCACCACCUCCCUUCCGCAAACUGUGGUCAUGACUUCACCUGUUACAUUGUCCUGUCAAACCCAAAAGUCAGAUGACCCACAGCUAAAGCGGGAAAUAAGAUUAAUGAAAAACAGGGAGGCUGCCCGAGAGUGCCGAAGGAAAAAGAAGGAAUAUGUUAAGUGCUUGGAGAACAGAGUUGCAGUGCUUGAAAAUCAAAAUAAAACAUUAAUUGAAGAGCUAAAGACUUUAAAAGAUUUGUACUGUCACAAAACAGUUUAAUCGUUUUUGUUAGUUUAUCUACCUUUUUAGAUGAGUUUUUUUUUUCUUUUUAUACCAAAAUUUUCUAAAUUUUACAUGAGGCCACAGAUGAAGCCUUUUUUUUUUUUUUUUCUAUUUAGUUUUCACACUUUUAAAGAGGCAGAGUAUUGUGAUUGGCCACCAUGUGCUAAUUGUGAAAUAUUUGAAUGUCAAAGGUAAAAUCUAAAUAUAUAAUAAAAGGAACCUCAGUUUAUUAGAGAAGAGUAAUUUUAUGAAUCAUGUGUUAGACACAUACGAUCUAAAUUAAGCUCAGUGACUUAUGGCUGUCUGACUUUGCGAAUGAACUCUGAGUCAGUGGCAUGCUGGGAUUUUUAGUACACCAGAUGUGACCAGCCCUACCUCUAAUAGUAAAGCAGAAUUUUUUUAAGUGGACCUAUCGCAGACAAAUAUGUCACUUUCUUUUCCCUCACUUGUAUUCACUGGAA